UUGCUUUUUUUUUUUUUUUUAAAAACAUUUUCUCCUGCAUCUAUUUGCUUUUCGAUCGCCGCUUUUCGGGAACAAGUAGAUGCUUCCGAUGCCCUCCCAGAGACACUUAAGUUCAAGAGUCACAACUUUGCAAGAAUUUUAUGCAUUUACUUUUGGUCGCCCUGUCUUCCGCCCGUGCCAGGGAGGGUAGAGAAGGAAUCACCCAAGGACGGAAUGACCGAAGCUACCCACCGGCCCGCCCCUGGGGAGCUGGAGUCCCGAGCGCGGUUCCCGGCGCUCUGACGGCCGCGGAAGGCCGGCCCCGGGGUAACCGGAGUGCGUCGCGGGGCGCCGCGCCAGCCCAGCUGUGAUCCAGUUUGGUGUCGGGGUUCCACCGCAGCGGCAGCCAUCGGACCCCGGCAGGAACAAGCCAGAGCCUGUUCCAGUGUCUUGGCUCCAUGGGUGCAUUUGAAGCUUGUUAUUGAAUACAGUUUUGCUCUGCAGCCAGGAUCCAGCUUCUCAGUUCUCAAGUUUUGUAGAAUGCAGUAAGCUGCGGCCCACGUUGUUUUUUUAAGAAGAGAAGGUUGUAGCUUCCUCCUAGCAACAGACACUUUUACAGUUGCAUUCAAUGCCUAACGUUGCAGAACCCGAAAGGGCCAGUGAUUCUGGAAAUGGUGAGCACCAGUCUGAGAGGAAGUCUCUGGAAGAGAAUCUACAAGGUGCUGUAAAAUCUUUCUGCACAAGUACCUCAGGAGCAACCUUGGGUCCCAAAGGAGAUGGCCAUUACCCGUGGAGUUGUCCCGUGACUCACACUCGUGAAAAAAUUUAUGCCAUCUGCUCAGACUAUGCCUUCCUCAACCAGGCAACCUCAAUCUACAAAACUCCAAACCCAGCCCGCUCCUCUUGCCUCUCUGACAGUACCUCCUUAUCUACUGGGAAUAAUGCAUCAAAAUACAUCGGCAUCCCAACUAGUACAUCUGAAAUAAUCUAUAAUGAAGAAAACAACUUGGACACGUUAUCCAACAGCCUAGGCAAGCUACCUCUCGCAUGGGAAAUUGAUAAAUCGGAAUUCGAUGGGGUCACUACCAAUUUGAAACACAAAUCAGGCAAUGCAAAGAAACAAGUUUCCAAGAAAAAAACUUCGGAUAGAAAAGGAAGACACCAGAGAGAAUGCCCUCAGCAUUCUCCUCUUGAAGACAUCAAACAGCGGAAAGUGUUAGACCUCAGACGAUGGUACUGCAUAAGCAGACCACAGUACAAGACUUCUUGUGGCAUUUCCUCAUUAAUUUCGUGUUGGAAUUUCCUAUACAGCACAAUGGGAGCUGGGAACCUUCCACCCAUAACCCAAGAAGAAGCUUUACAUAUUCUGGGCUUUCAGCCACCAUUUGAAGAUAUCCGGUUUGGCCCAUUCACUGGAAAUACAACACUCAUGAGAUGGUUUAGACAAAUUAAUGAUCACUUCCAUGUGAAAGGAUGCUCUUAUGUUCUAUAUAAGCCUCAUGGGAAGAACAAAACAGCUGGAGAAACAGCUUCGGGAGCCUUGUCAAAGUUAACUCGUGGACUGAAAGAUGAAUCGCUGGCUUACAUCUAUCAUUGCCAAAAUCAUUAUUUUUGUCCAAUUGGCUUUGAAGCAACUCCUGUUAAAGCAAGUAAAGCAUUCGGCAGGGGUCCCCUCUCACCCCAGGAAGUGGAAUAUUGGAUUUUGAUUGGAGAGUCCAGUAGGAAACAUCCUGCAAUUCACUGUAAAAAAUGGGCAGAUAUUGUCACUGAUCUGAACACUCAAAAUCCAGAAUACCUGGAUAUCCGGCACCUAGAGAGAGGACUUCAGUUUAGAAAAACAAAGAAGGUUGGGGGGAAUUUGCAUUGCAUCAUAGCUUUCCAGAGACUGAGCUGGCAAAGGUUUGACCUUUGGAACUUUCCAUUUGGCACAAUUAGACAAGAAUCACAGCCUCCAGUGCUUGCCCAGGGGAUCGCCAAAUCUGAGAGUGAAGACAACAUCUCCAGAAAGCAGCAUGGGCGUCUCGGCCGGUCCUUCAGCGCCAGCUUCCAUCAGGAUUCGGCAUGGAAGAAAAUGUCCAGCAUCCACGAGAGAAGGAACAGCGGCUACCAGGGCUACAGUGAUUAUGAUGGGAAUGACUGACGGCGGGACGCUGGACAGUUGUGACAUCACAUCACCGUCCUGAACGGCACUGCUUCGAGUCAGUAGAUUUCUUUAAGUCUAUGAGUAGGACAGACCUUGUGGCACAAAGCAUAACCUUGUAGUUCUCUAGUCAAUGUGCUUGCAUAGGACUAUGACAGAAUGGCGAAUUCAGAUGCAUAGGCAGAUAAGCACAGAUUAUUACCCUUUUACAGUUAAGAGUAGAUUAACAAUCUGGACAGAACUUUUCAUAGAAUCCGAUAAAAAUCACAACUGCUUCUUAAUACAAACACAAAUUCACUUAACAGCGUCAGGAUUUGAAAUACUUAAGCAUGAAGUGAUUUCUUAUGAUUUGAUCCUUAGGCCUAUUAUUCCAGAUAGUUUUGUUCCUAAGAUCAAGAGGUAAAGCACUGUCUGUCUGCCCUUAAAAAACAAAAACAAAUGAGGGCUGUAAAAUUUCUAAAGUUUGCUCAUGGUUUAAAGCUCAUUUAUAAUCAUGUUGUGAAUAGUAGUCUUUCACGUACAGCAGUAUCAUUGCUAGCCUCACCAUUUGUUUCCUGAACAACCAUUUCAUGAUUCUCAGUACAAAGGCAAAAGAGAAAGAUGGAAGGAACUGAUCUUUUCUAGUGGUGUGUGCAGGUGACUUGCUGUGUGGAUUCAGAUAUUCUUGACUUGGUAUAUUACUGUGAAAUAUUGACAGGACCCUUGGGUUUCGGAAGCAUUCUUCUAUAAGUUUAGAUUAAACCUUGUUUUAGGGAUAUAGCCAAAGGACAAGUGGCAUCAGAGGUUUCUAUACACAAGGUAAUCUGUGCAGUGAGCUUUUCUGGUAUCUGACCAGUCCCUUACAUGGAGUCUCAUGUUAACAAUGGCACUGUUAAGAUGUGUUAGGAAUGCCCAGGCCACUCAGAAGACAGCUCUCUUUGUCCUAAACUGUGAGCUGUUGCAGUUAUUGAACCAUAUAGAUAACUAGCUCUUUGAAGUAUUGACAAUUUCACAAGUGUGUGUUUCAUGCAUUUGUGCUCCUCUCCAGUGGUUGUUGGUUUUUCUUCUGCUGCCAACUUGUGACUCAAAAACUUGUGGGAUCUCUUGAUCUUUCCUUUCUGGGGAUGGUUCUGGGGCUCCAGUCACUAACUUAGGGAAUACAAGGUGCUGAAUAUGUUGGCUACCAUAUCGCAAUACACCUCAAGAAGAGGGUUCAGAUUUUUAUUUUUAGAAUAUUUUCAUUUUUCCCCCCCUCUGAAUUUUAUAUCCAUUUAUCCACUCACACAUGUCUAGCCUACAGAAAGGGAUAUAUAUUCUAAAAUGGUCAUUUUCUGAAGAGAAUAUUUUGCUUGGCAUGCAAAGGACUGGAAGAGAUUUGUAGGUCGUUGAUUUUUGUUACUUCAUACUGGAACUUUUAAAAAGUUUUCAUCAAAUAAAAUUUUGUUUUCUACUUUUAA